AGCAUCUUCGAGUACAUUCAUCCAACACACCUGGUUUGUUUGAUGAAAACCCCGUAUACCUACCUGAGAUUCUUAAAUGGCCUAGGAGUGGAGCUUAACUCUCACACGAUACCCGCGACGAUCAAUCAAAAUUCCCCAUCUCUGGGCAAAAUACCAAUGCGUGCAGGUCAAAAGCACUACCACUCUCUGUCACUAAAGCUGCUGCGAGGGCGCAAACUAACAACAAACAAGCUUCGCUAUGAUAUCGAUGGAUAUCACACUAGGAAUCUGUGACAAGUUAGACUUCUCAGGUGAGCUUGCACAAACCUCUAGACAUACAUUUCGCAUUGUGGUUGUCCGACAGGAAACGUCACCCUGGUGAGCAUGGUAUGAAAUUGGGUACUAAUUUCUGCACCUCGAAAACGCAAACAUCUCGACAGCAUGUCCGACGACAGCUGUGAUUCCUUCUCUAGUGCGGACAUUAAUGGCUCAUACAAACUUCAGGUCUGCAAGAGUAUAUUUUGGCAUUAGCAAUGACGCACAAGAAAGCAUCCGCAUAUGGUCUGGGAGGAUUUCAGGGGGUCCGAUCUGGUGUCCGGCGCUGCAUAUAGAUGCAAAACAGUCGGGGGAGAUGUUUUUCCAAGCCGAGGCCUAGAAGCAGCUGUAUAUAAGACCUCAGUCCAAGGACACCAGGGUUACUCUGGCAGGAGUCACAGUGUUUGAGAGACGCAGCCUGCAUCCAAGUUUUCAACAGGACCACAGAAGCCCGGAGGUUUCUGGUGCGUCGAUUGCUCCCUACAGUUGCUACUUUCAAAACUUCCACCUUCUAUACAUCAACGAUAUGGCACCAGUCCCUUCUACGACGGCUCCUGAAGCUAUCAUCGUCUGGAAGCCUUCCGGGGCCAAAGCCUUGACUAAAAUCACCACGGCCACAGCCAGCCCUACUAUUGCCGGUCGGAGCCCGACGAUGGACCACAUCACAGAUGCAUAUCGCUUUCGAUACGCAUCUUACCUUGCGUCCACAUUCCAUAUCAGCUUGGAUGCGGCCAAGGGCGAGGCGUCUUAUCAGCUACAGCCUCGUCGGGCUUCUGAGACUUCAGAGUCGGAGGUGUAUAGAAGCUAGACCUGCAGACUUGUCUAGGGUGAUUUUAGCAUGGCUGGCGUUGUACCUAGAGAGGCAUUUCCGCUGCGUGAAGAGGAGAGUUAGCACGAGGAGAUAGUCGCCGUUCGCCGACAUGCAUGAGGGAUUUUUGGAUUCCUGGUUGGAGUCCUUCUACCAGCAGUCGAAACGUUAGCACUGUCGUUUGAGGGAUAUAUCUGGGAAGUGAUCAAGUUUUAGCUCUGGUGGUGACCUUUCAUCUUAGCACAGUCCAUCGAUUGACAGCUGUAGUCAUGAAACUCCACAUAUGUCAUGACUACUGCAGCAUAGCCUCAAUUGCCCAACGAUUGUCGUACCUCGUGGGGAUGCACUAAUUUCCAUGUCCAUGUCCAUCUGCAUUCCCGAGGCCUAGUCGUAGUAGAUAUUGUGGAAGUUGAGGGGUCUUUUUACGGAGUAGCGAAGGGAAAAUGGCUCAUAUAAAUCCUCGUUCACUAUUCCUUGACUGGUUAAAGGACCUGGAUCUAAGAUGACCGUGCGGC